AUGUCCGGCCGAAGCGCCUAUGUGCGCAAGAAGAUCACCCAGGCCGAGAAGGAAAAGGCGAGGGCAAGAUCAAAUACCGGGGGCGUAAUCGGCGAGUACGAGGACCUCACCAUUCCCGAAUUUCCUCUUCCCCAGACCGGAGCUUCCUUACCCGUUGGUACCGGCAUCGGCACCACCAAUGCCCGCUUCCUCAAGUUCUCGGAGCCUCCCCGCGACAUCAAACCCGGCACCCCCAGCAUAGGCAGUGGCAGUGGAAGCAGUGAGGGCGGUCGUCGCGACGGGAGCUCCGGCCCCCUUGACGACUUCGCCUACGCCCGCGCCCGGAGACCCACCAUCAAGACGGAAGAUGUCUCGGGCAUCGAGAAGUCGGGUUUGCGAAGCAGGCUGGACAAGAGGAGCGAGGACGUACGGAGGGGCCUGGCCAAAACUUUCACUUUUAAACGCAAGGACAAGGAACCCGACUUCCGUCCCGAAUCCGUCGCCACCGUACGGCCGGGCCAGCAUCAGAAUGCAGCCUCAAUGUCGCCCACUGAGCCCGAAUAUACUUAUGAACAAUUCAACAUGGACACGAUGCAGCAAAUACAUAUGCAGAGGCAGAUGCACAUGCAGCAUCAACAACAGCAACAACAGCAACAACAGCAACAGCAACAGCAGCAGCAGCAGCACAUGCAGCACAUGCAUCAACACAUGCGCCAUCAAGAUAUGGACUUGCCCACAUCACCGCCGCCGGCAUCGAAACUGCCUCCCGUACCGACAACGCCGCCUAUUAAGCGAUGGAUCGGCGCCGGAAGACCUAUUCAGAGGUGGAACAAGCUUCGUAAAGACCCCGAGCUGUGGGACCCCAAUGGCGAUGUCCUCGUCUUCUUUGGGCACAAAGGCCAAGCCCCGCGGCCGAAUCCAUCUUUUAGACUAUCCUCACACAUAAUCGAAGCGACCGAGUCGAGGUACCUCAUAACGCUACUGCGGGAGGGCACGACCGAGGAAGACAUCUACAUGCUCCCAUCCCCGCAGGGCGCACCGCCAAUGCUCCGGCCGCACAUGCGCGGGGGGCAACCGACACCGCCCAUCUCGGAGGAUCUCGGCGAAGCUGAUGGGCAGAUUUCAUACGAAAUGUACUUCCCGACCCCGGCCAACAUGACCAAGACGGAACAGCUCAGGAGCCACAUCACGACACGAAAUGUUUUCGCCUUGCUUUACCACGCGUCCCUCGUCGGAUUGACCCUCCAUCAGGCUCUUUCCGACCUUCACAUGCGAUUAGACGCCUACAUGCCUCCAGAUGCGGACAAUGUGGGCAUGAUUUUGAACUAUCUGUCAGCUCGGGGAAUAGACGAUGUCCGCAACGACCCGGAAACGGCCGUUAGCUUGCUGGCAUGGUCUGAAGGGUCAGCUGUGCGUUGGGAAGAGGGCUGGCGGGAGAGUUUUCUGCACUGCGCCGGGAUGUAUAGCCAGCUGGAGACGUGCGCCGAUUUCAAAGACCUCACACCCAUCACUCGCGCGCUCCUGGAGCGAGCAUGCCUGGAGACGCAGCUUCGCGUACAAGCGGCUGAAGAACGACUGGCCGAGUUUCAGUACGGCGAUAUGUGGCCGGCUGGUGUCGGUGGGCAGGCAAAGGCAGCCGCGGACCGUUUACAAAAGUUCUUCCUGAACCACUACGUUCGUUCGCGAGGAGCGUGGCCACCUGCGCAAACAGCGGGGCUUCCCGACUCCGACGGCGAGGACAUGUGGCUUACGAGGAGUGUGGCACAAUCGUUGCAAAGGGACUUUGGGGCGCUCUACGAUUACCUCGUCAACCGCGAUAUCGUGUGGGACAUGUCUGAAGCGCGAUCAGGGCGCAAAUGGAUGAUGCAGAGUGAAAAGGACAAAGGGUUCGAUGCCGAUGUCGACAUUCCCGUCACGGACAUCCUCGUCGAGUUCGACAAUAAGCUACGGUUCCCACACAUUCCGCACCCGUACCCCAUGGUGCCCGAGUCCAUUCCACCCGCACCGUCAAAGGAGAGCUCCAUGUUCAAGAAGAAGACGGGCGCAGGUGCCAAUAACGGCGGCCGAGCGGGCGCCUUGGAACGACGAGUUCAACUGGCGUACACCGAGGCUACUAACAUUUAUAUUCUCGGUUCUGACUUCACGCAGUCGGACCUUAUUGACGCCUUUGUCAAAUUCGAAAAGGGCGACAGCGUAACCGAGGUCGACCCGGCCGUAGCUCGACGUGGACGUUGGGUCCUAAUCUAUGGUAUUCUCCAGACGCUAGCGAGUGUUUCGGUAGACGCCCCCAACGUGCGAUACCGCGAUGAGGUCCCGUAUCAUCUAUCUCCCCGCCUGAGGGGCACGAGAGUCCCUCCAUGGAAGGGCUCCAGCACGACAGACGAGGCCUCGCACGAGCUAUCCCACUGCUGGAUGGUACAGCACAGCUGGAACACGCCAAACAACAGUGGUGCUGAGAGUUCGGGCGGAUCAGGCAACACCAGCCCCGUCCACAACCUCGCCCGUCCGUUUGCGUACCCGCGCGCCCCGGCCUCGACAACAUCGCGGGGCUCCGGGUAUCAGACUACCGGGACCCGUUCCGUCCACUCGGCAGGUUCGGCGCCUCACUUCAGCUCGGCGUACAGCGUCGUCAGCGAGAGCGAUACGGCCAGCAGCAUCCGUACGCCUGCAUCCAGUCGGCCCGGCACAAACAUGAAGCGGGCGCAAUCGCGAGACAACGUCAAGGGGCUGGGUGGCGGACCAGGAAGCAUGCGCAGUGCCACCACAUUUGGCGGCGCCGGCGCCGGCGUGGACCGAGGUGAGGGCAUAGAACUACCCAUCCGUAGGCGCGACUUUAGCGCCCUCUUGGAUACCAAUGGCUCGCAUGGGAAUUAUGCGCGGUCCGGUACCCCGUACCACGAGCAGCAGUCACUUCCUUUGCCGAGCAAUAUCACGGGAUCGGGCGGCUUCCUUGCGCUCGACGACACGUUGGAUAGAAAAAGCGCACGGGGUGGGUAUAAUAUCGGAAGAGUGAAGCGCGAGGGGUCCGAGACGGACAGCAUGGCGCCGCGAAUCCGGGACUUUGAUUUGGACGUUAUUGAUGAUCACGAGCCGUAA